CCAAAUUAUACAUGCUGCAUGCAGUGGUGUGAAUUAUGAUUCACUCAUUUCAUAGUCAAUCGACAGUUCCACUUUUUUCCUUGAGUUGGGAUCCACAACCACAUAAAUCACCAACUUUCUAAACCCUUUCCCUCAUAAAAGUAGAAAAAGAAAAGAAAAUUCAAUUAGUCCAACACGAAAGUGUGAGAGAAAUGGAACACUCAUCCGAACAGCCCCUUCUCCCGCUGGGGUCAAAUGAUUCUGUCGCCCAAGACCUUUCUCCGAUCGCGGGCCCCCGUCACUUCUGCAACGAGUUCAUGGCGGAGUCCAAAAGGCUCUGGUGUUUGGCCGCCCCGGCCAUCUUCACCUCCGUCUGCCAGUACUCGCUCGGCGGCAUCACCCAGACCUUCGCCGGCCACGUCGGCACGCUCGAGCUCGCCGCCUUCACGGUGGAGAACUCCGUCAUCGCCGGCUUAUCUUUCGGCGUCAUGAUGGGGAUGGGGAGCGCGCUAGAAACGCUAUGCGGGCAAGCUUACGGCGCGGGGCAAAUCGAGAUGCUGGGGGUUUAUAUGCAGAGGUCGUGGGUGAUUCUGCUGGCCACCGCUUUCCUGCUGAUGUUCCUCUACAUCUUCGCGCUGCCGUUCCUGCUGUUGAUCGGGCAGAAGGAGGAGAUAUCGGUGGCGGCGGGGAGAUUCGCGCUGUGGAUGAUCCCGCAGCUCUACGCCUACGCCAUGAACUUCCCGAUGGCCAAAUUCCUGCAGGCGCAGAGCAAGAUCAUGGCGAUGUCGUGGAUCGCGGGGGCGGCGCUGCUGCUGCACGUGCUCUUCAGCUGGCUGCUGAUGCUGAAGCUCGGCUGGGGCAUGGCGGGCGGCGCGCUCGUGCUCAACGCGUCUUGGUGGUUCAUAGUGGUGGCGCAGAUGGUCUACAUAUUGAGCGGCACGUGCGGCACCGCGUGGACGGGUUUCUCUUGGGGGGCCUUCCAUAACCUCUGGAGCUUCAUGAGAUUGUCUCUCGCUUCAGCCGUCAUGCUCUGCUUGGAAACGUGGUAUUUCAUGGCGUUGGUGCUGUUUGCCGGAUACUUGAAGAACGCAGAAAUUGCUGUGGAUGCCAUUUCCAUAUGCACAAACAUUGUGGGGUGGACAGUGAUGGUAGCCAUCGGAUUCAAUGUAGCAAUAAGCGUAAGAGUGUCUAAUGAACUGGGAGCUGCUCAUCCAAGAAUGGCCAAGUUUUCUGUUGUAGUGGUGGUGGUAUCAGCCUUCUUGGUGGGCCUCAUAUUCGCCGUCAUCCUUCUCGUCUUCCAGAACCAGUAUCCUUCGUUAUUCUCAAACAGUGAAGAAGUGAAACAAAUUGUGUAUCACCUAACUCCAUUGCUUGCAUUCUGUAUUGUCGCCAACACCAUUCAACCCGCACUAUCAGGUGUGGCUAUUGGAGCUGGAUGGCAAGCCUUGGUUGCGUAUGUUAAUAUUGCAUGCUAUUACAUAUUUGGGAUACCAUUGGGUCUACUACUAGGAUUUGCAUUCGACUUGGGUGUUAAGGGAAUAUGGAUGGGAAUGGUAAUGGGAACAGUUGUGCAAACGUUGGUUCUCUUUUAUAUUGCUUACCGAACUAACUGGGAGAAAGAGGCUUCUGCGGCAAGUGAAAGAAUCAAUACGUGGGGAGGAGGACAAACAUCUGCUAAAACAACUGACAUUGAGAAAUACAGCUAAACGGAGCUUACGCACUUGUUCGUGAUUUCAUGCUACCAUUUACGACUCUCAUUUAUAGUCCAUGUGCUUUGUUCUGUUAUGGUUGAUUUCUCAUGAUCAUGGAUUUACUUUAAUUCCAUUUCGUAAAGGGAGGAAUUCUAAACUACCCACCUUUUUAAAAGUAUAUUUAUCAAAUAUCCACUUUUUAUUUUUGCUA